AUGGAGAACGCGCCGCCUGUCGACAAAGAAGAUGACUCGUCUCCAACAAGUGACCCGGAAAGCACCCCCGGAAGUUGUCAUGAAUUGGAUUGGGAAGACGAUCCUCGCAAUCCAUACAAUUGGAGCGAUGGAAAGCGAAUGUAUCAUACCGUUUGCGUUGCUCUCUUCGCGUUUACCGUCACGUACAUGUCGUCGGCCUACGCACCAGGAGCAAAAGCGACUGGCCAGGAAUUCCACGUAUCCGAAACGGUUUCCCUCCUCGGCAUUUCGCUCUUCUGCCUCGGAUUGGCCUUUGGACCGGUGAUAGGCGCGCCGCUUAGUGAGACCGCAGGACGACUGAUUGUAUACCGCCUGGGGUUACCUAUUGCUACAAUUUUUCUCAUAGGUGCUGCGGUAUCUAAGAACAUAGGCGCCAUCGUCAUUUGCCGCUUCUUUGCUGGUGUCUUUGGAAGUCCGGCAUUGAGCGUUGGCGGAGGGACAAUGGCAGACAUGUGGCCUCCUGCACGACGGGGGCCUUCGACAGCUCUCUUCGUCAUGGCACCCUUUAUGGGGCCCUGCAUAGCUCCAAUAAUAGGUGGGUUUGUUGUGGAAAGACUCAACUGGCGGUGGCUCGAAUGGGUCUCCGUCUUCUGGGGUGUUGCAACAUGUGUCUUUGCACUCGGCAUGAAGGAGACGUACAAAAAGAAACUCCUCGAAAACGACAAUAAGAAUAAAAACAAAGAGAAAACAUCUUCUGGAAGAAAGAUGCCUUCGUUGAGCUGGGGUGCGAUACACAAAUGGGCAACCGAGUCGCUGGUGAGACCUAUGCAGCUUCUCUUCACUGAGCCCAUCGUCCUGUUCUUGAGCUUGUACAUUGGCUUCGACUUUGCCGUGCUCUAUGCCUUCUUUGCUUCUAUUCCAUUUGUCUUCCAGCAAACCUAUGGCUUUAAUUCUCAUCAGAACGGACUUGUCUUUAUCGCCCUUGGUAUCGGCACACUUCUCGCAACCCUGACUAAUGUUCUUUGUGAUCGCUUCAUCUAUCAGAAGAAGUGCGCCGAGGCGCGCGAAAGGGGAGAGACAGGUCAUAUAUCACCCGAACAGCGCCUCUAUCCAGCCCUAAUGGGAAGUUUGGGGGUCGCUGUUGGCCUCUUCUGGUUUGCUUGGACCGCUCGUCGUGACAUACACUGGAUCAGCCCAGUGCUUGCUUUGAUCCCUUUUAACUGGGGCAAUCUCUGCAUAUUCGCUACUAGCAUUACCUAUAUGAUCGAUUGCUACGGUGCACGAUACGGUGCCUCGGCGCUCUCAGCAAAUGCCUUUACACGCUAUGUAUUUGCAGCUGCUUUUCCACUUUUUAUUAUACAAAUGUAUGAGAAAUUGACGACGAAAUGGGCCGCUAGUCUGCUUGGCUUCAUCGCCAUUGCUUUGAUCCCAAUCCCCUGGAUCCUCUUUUCAUUUGGUGCGAGGAUCAGAAGAAAGGGCCGUUAUGCUAUUUGA